AACGAUAUUUCAGCUUUACUUGUGACUACGAUUGGUUUGCAAUACUUCAGUAGCAGACAGUUUAUAGUUUUAGGUGGGAUAAUAAUGACAUUAGCAUAUGCUUUGUCAGCAUUUGCACCAAAUGUAGAAAUACUGAUAUUACUAUUAGGCUGUGUUUGUGGAAUUUCUCAGGGUAUGAUACUCACUCCAACAAUGGCACUCAUAGGUGAAUAUUUUGAAAAGUAUCGUAGCAUCGCUAACUGCAUUAGUAAUAUGGGCGCUAGUGUGGGCUCCCUUGCUUUCUCGGUACUGAUCCCGAUUUGGAUAGAAGAAUAUGCCUUUCCUGGUACUGUCCUAUUGCUCGGCGGUUUUAUGCUACAGAUGACUGUAUCGGGGCUGCUGAUGCGCCCGAUAUCAUUUUAUUCUAAACAAAGGCGGCAACAUGUUAACCACAAGGAUAGUGAGGAUGAAAUGAAAAACGGAGAGAAAAAUCUCAAUGAAAUUAAUAAACAGAAAGUUAAUGGCACUCUCAGACAGACGAAUAGCUUAAAGAAAACAGUUACGAAAAUCGGAUAUAACAGUAAUCACCAAAAUGGACAUAACAUACAAAAAGCUGCGUCGCCAUUAAUUGCAAAUACUAAUUCUCCAUUUUCGCCCCGCAAGACUGUAAAAAGGAAACGUACUAUUUCAGAGAUAAGCAGAAUAAGUCUUUCACACAGAGUGGGAAGUGCUAUUUCAGCCUUGAACAAUUCCAACAUUGGACUUUAUGCAAGUACGGAACUUGCGUUCUCUUCGAUGUUAGAUCUGAGUUCCAUGAAACGAGAGCAGAACCAAAACAGUCAGACAGUUAACAAAACUUCAUAUGCCUGUUUUAGGAAAUUCUGCCCGAAUCUUGGUUCUGUUAUUGACUGCCGAGCGAUGAAAAGAAUAUCGUUCCUGUUCUUUAUUCCUUGCGCAUGUUUCAUAGUGACUGUUUCAUCUAUUUCGAUUUAUUUACCAGCAUUUGCCAAAGACACAGGACUUUCAUCCAAAGAAUGUGGACUCCUAAUAACUAUCAUAAGCAUCACCGAUAUGUGCACGAUUGUAUUCUGGGGUAUAUUCGCAGACAGAAACUAUAUUCAAAGGCACAAAAUAUUAUCCUUUGCGGUUGUCACGGUCGGCAUUGCCUCUUGUUUCACACCAUUGUUCGAAACUCGUACUGAAUUUUUUAUAUACAGUGUUAUUUUCGGUAUAUUUGGACGUGUGUAUUUCAGUCUUUUCCCUGUUGUUCUGGUAGACUUUAUUGGUAUAGAGAAUUUGCGAAGCGCCCUUGGUAUUUUGAGUCUAGCACAGACAGGAACAUCUGCCAUCAUGCAACCAAUCAUAGGUAUGAUGAGAGACAAUUUUAAAACCUACAUACCUGGAAUGUUGUUGAUAUCAACAUUGGUGAUUGUCGGUGGAUUGUUGAUUCUCACGCUACCAAUGGCCGCAAGAUGCGAAAAACGGAAUGACACAAAAGAAAUUCAAGUGGAUUUAAAAGCUUAAGCUAGCUAGUAUAUAAAUUGUUUCAGCAAACAAGAGUGGGAAAUGAAAUGUGAAGACAGUGAACUAGAGCUACAUUUUUAUUUUAUUUUUUUGUCAACGAAAAUUGGCAAGCGCCAAAAGCUUUCAAAAGAUAUAUUAUAUAGAGCAAUGGAGAUGAAAGCAAAUGUAAGAACUCGGCUUUACAAUCAUUCUCGUUGUUUUAUUAAUAGAAAAUAUUUGGACGGAUUUGAAAGUUUGUUUUAAAGUAGUUUUUCAAGAUUUCGUUUAAACAAUAGACAAUAAUUAAAAAGCAAUCGUCUCAGAA